GACGGACCGGUUGGCUGCCAGGGUGGGUACUUCAGCUUCAGCACUACUGGCAGACUCAGUCUCGCACUCCCAGCGUACUCAAGCCAUGCCCGUCGACCGCCAGUCAGACAAGGUUAUCCUCCAGCAUCCGAAGGGAUCAUCGACCGAGAUUCUACUUUAUGGCGCUACAGUGAUAUCGUGGAAGUCAGGCAGUACCGGAAACCCACAGCCGGUAGAGCGACUCUUCGUGUCUAGUAAGGCCGCCCUUGAUGGUAGCAAGCCCGUCAGAGGCGGCAUUCCUGUUGUCUUUCCAUGCUUCGGCGCGCCGACACAUCCAGAGCACUCGAGAUUGGGACAGCACGGGUUCGCCAGGAGCGAGACGUGGACUUUCGACAGCAUUGUCAUGGACAAUGAAGCUGGCGUUUCUGUGAAGCUGAUUCUCGAACCGAAGGUCAGCAUCACAGCGAAGUAUGAGAAGCCGUUCCAGCUUGCAUAUGUCGUCACGCUGGCCGAGCAUCAAUUAUCCACAGAUCUCCAUGUGAAGAACACUGGCCUCUCGACUUCAUCUCCGCUCGAGUUCCAGGCGCUCUUCCACAACUACAUCCGCGCGAACUCCGGCGAGGUUGUCGUAGUGCCUUUGAAGGGCCUGACGUAUUACGAUAAGACGGAGCCGAACGAGCAAUUGCGGACGAAGAUCGAGGAGCGAGAUCUCGUGGACGUGAAGGCCUUCACAGAUUUCGUGUAUCAGAACGCACCAGGCACUUAUGAAGUCACCUCGCCGACGAGCAAAGUUGAAAUUAAGACGAGGAACUUCAAGGAUGUCGUCGUCUGGAAUCCCCAGCAAGAGGGGUCCAAGAUCGGGGACAUGGAGGAUGGCGGAUGGGAGAAGUAUGUUUGCGUCGAGCCUGGAUUCGUUCACGGCUUCGUUGGGCUACCCGCAGGGGAGACUUGGAUUGGGCAGCAAGUCUUGACGGCGAAAUUGUGAGAUCGUUGAUAGCUGGGGAAGAAGCGUCUUAACCAAGGAGUCCGUGUGUAUGAUACGAGAGGUUUCGCUGCGACCGAAGUACCAAAUGGAGGUGCGCGGAGACGGCACGGCGCCGUGUACAUGAGCAUAUGUCCAGUCUGAGCAAGCACUACGUGAGA